AUGAGGCUGGGCGGUGGAGGAUUCAGUUCAGUUUAUGGAGGCAUUCUGUUGGACAACACAAAGAUAGCAGUGAAGCGGCCUGACAGAGCAGGGCAAGGCUUCAGAGAGUUCCGUGCAGAAGUGGAAACGUUGGGAAACAUUCAUCAUCUUAAUUUGGUGAGACUGAAGGGCUUCUGUGCAGAAAAGUCCCACCGAAUGCUUGUAUACGAGUAUCUCCCAAAUGGAUCUCUUUAUAAAUGGAUAUUUCCCAACGAAAGCCGUGAACACUGUCGAGAACGAAUUAUUCAUUUCAACAUCAAGCCCCAGAACAUUCUUCUAGAUGAGAACUUCAAUGCAAAAGUCUCAGAUUUUCGUCUGGCAAAGCUGAUUAACAGAGAUCAGAGCGAAGUGAUAACCAUGUUGAGAGGAACGCUGGGUUAUAUGGCGCCUGAGUUACUGGACAUGCAGUUCACUGAGAAAGCAGAUAUGGUGGUAGAAAUUGUGAGCGGCAGGAGUGAUGGGGUGAAUGGAGUGGAACAAACACACAGGAAUUACAUUGUGCUGGGAAAGGGUAGGGAAGAGGAGCAGAAGGAUGAAGAUUUAGACUUUCCGGCUGGCUCACCUGUGCGGUACUCAUUCGAGGACUUGCAAAAGGCUACAAAUGAUUUCAGCCUGAGGUUGGGCCGCGGAGGAUUUGGUUCAAUUUAUGAGGGCAUUCUGUUGGACAACACAAAGAUAGCAGUGAAGAGGCUUGACAGAGCAGGGCAAGGCUCCAGAGAGCCUACCAGAGAGUUCCAUGCAGAAGUGGAAACGUUGGGAAACAUUCAUCAUCUUAAUUUGGUGAGACUGAAGGGCUUUUGUGCUGAAAAGUCCCACCGAAUGCUUGUAUACGAGUAUCUCCCAAAUGGGUCUCUGCAUAAAGGGAUAUUUCCCAACGGAAGCAGUCAACGUGUACUAAACUGGAAGACCAGAUCCAAAGUCAUUCUUCAUAUAGCACGGGGAUUAUCAUACUUGCACGAAGAGUGUCGAGAACGAAUCAUUCAUUUCGACAUCAAGCCCCAGAACAUUCUUCUGGAUGAAAAAUUCAAUGCAAGUGUCUCAGAUUUUGGGCUGGCAAAGCUGAUUAACAGAGAACAGAGUGAAGUGAUAACCAUGUUGAGAGGAACACCAGGUUAUAUGGCGCCUGAGUUAUUGGACAUACAGUUCACGGAGAAGGCAGAUAUAAAUAGUUUUGGCGUUAUGGUGGUAGAAAUUCGUAAAGCAGAGGAAGGGAGAAUUUUUUAUUUGGUCGACUCAGAAAUCAAAGAUGAAGGGAUUGGUACAGAUCAGGAGGCAGCGAAAGUAUUAGGAAUUGUGAUGUGUUGUAUUCAGUAUGAUUUUACAAAAAGGCCAGCAAUGUCGACAGUAGUAAGGGCACUGGAAGAUAUGAGUAAGAUGGAUCAGUUUGCUCUUAUAAUAUUCAGAAGGGUCUACAUCCAAUCCAAUUCCAGUCAAUAUUUCGUAACCACAUCAUUCCAUCUAGCUGUUAAAGGUAUGACUAUCCAACAAUAUGUGGGCAGUAUGGUAUGUGAACAGCUUGGUAUGUGA